UUAUGUACUAUUACGCUCUCGGCCCGAGCAAAUGUUUGGGGUUGCCCGAUAUUUUAUUCGACGGACGAGAGAAAUGAACUGCACUUGGCCUCGAAAAUCAAGUUUAAGUUGCACUCCUCUGCUUAUAAAUACGGGAAAGCAAAGCAGAUCCAUCAACAUAUCAACUUAGUAUUUCUAUCAUCUGGAUCUUUAGAGAUUUUCAUUCAGGAUUUUCUCGGCAUUAAGCUAUAUGGCGGAUCAACAAGCUCAGUGCCAUGGAUGCGAAUCUAGCUGCAAGUUUCCGGCAGAAGCAACUCAUAAGGAGGAAGUUCACGGGGAGAAGAAAGACGAAGAAAACCCGACUCUCGAGGAGCAGCUUCACCGUUCCCUCAACAACUCUAGCUUGUCAAGCGAUGAAGAAGGGGGGACAGAGCGUAAGGAAAAGAAGAAAUCAAAGAAGGCGGCUGCGGGAGAAGCAUGUGAUGGUGAAGGCAAAGUAAGUACUGGGCACAAUGGCAUCGAUGAUACUGAGGAGAAGAAAGGAUUCCUCGAGAAGAUAAAAGAGAAGCUCCCCCGGUACGAGAAGAAACCCGAAGGGGACAAUAGCCCAGAACCCGAACCUGAACCGGAGUGCCCUGCAGGGAAGAAAGGAAUCCUGGAGAAGAUCAAGGAGAAGCUCCCCGGAUGCCACAAGAGUGCCGAAGAUGAGAAAGUGAAGGACAACUAAUGACCUUGUCAGUUCAGCUAGGAAUGAAUGUCAGCAACAUCUGUGCUCGUUUCAAUUUAAGUUCAUGUCGGAGUUAUCAGUGAUUUCCAAGUGAUUCUGUAUUUUAGUCUCA